AUAGAAUCACCAGGUUGGAAAAGACCUCUUGGUCAUCGAGUCCAAUCAUUCCUAUUGGCCCCGGGCUCCAUGCAGGAGAUCUGUGUGGAGAUCUCUGGAUCGAUGUCCCUGCAGGGAAAAGCAGUGGGGAUGGAGGGGGAAGAGUGGGCUGUGGGCACGGGAGGGGAAUGGCCAGGGUUUGGCUGGCAAGAGAAGCCGGGCCAAGGGCGAGUCGGCUCUGGCAUCAUCCUCCUGACACCGAAAAUGCCGGAAAAUAAACUUCAGGGGUGGGACAGGGAAGACUCAGCCCCAGAUGCUGCUGCCAAAAAAUCCGAUCAGACCCCCUCCCUCCACCCCACAUCGUGACAGCCCCACACACCUUCCCCUCUUCCGUGCCCCUACAGCCUCCUCUCGCCUCGGCCGCUCUCCUCGAACGGCCCCGCCAUCUGCAGCCCGAAGCACGGCCGGAGCCCCCGCCUCGCCCCCCGACACCCCCUCUGCCCGCAGCUCCGCCGCCGCCAAGGACGGAGACGACGAAAGGGUUCUGGGGCGGAAUUGGUGUCUCUCGAGCAGCCCAGGCUCCAGGCGGGCACAGCCCAGAGCGGCUCUCGCUGCAGCAGCGCCUGGGGGGAAAUUGCGAGGCCCCGAGCGGCCCCGCUCCGGUCGAGCCUCAGAGCGCAAUCAGCAUCUGCUUUGGAAGGGAAGUGGUUUUUUCCGGCCUGGCCGCCCCCCACCCCCACGCAACCCCCCAGGCUCCGAGCCCAGUGCUGGCGCCAGCGAGUCGGAAGGAGCGCGGGGUCCCAGAGCAUCCCAGUCCCGGAGGGCUCUGCAUCCCAGUGCCCCGGGCCCGGGGAAGAGCAGCCCCGCAGGCAGGCUGGCCCUGCAGCCCCCGGCCCCUCUGCGGGCAGCCCGGCUGCGAGAAGGGCACUGCCAGGCCUGGCGGGGGAGCGGCGACCCCGGGGCUGCCGGGUCCGGCCUGGCGGCGUCAGGGUUGGGGCAGAGGGGGCCGGGCAAGGCGCGGCGGGGCGAGCUGAGCCGGGCGUGCUUCGGGCUGCGGAUGGCGGGGCCGUUCGAGGAGGUGGCCGUCUACUUCUCCCGCCAGGAGUGGGCAGAGCUGGCGGGCUGGCAGCGGCGGCUCUACCGGGAGGUGAUGCUGGACACCUACGGAAUGCUCGCCUCGCUGGGUUGGGCCGCCGUUAAGCCUGAGCUCAUCUGCAGGUUGGAGCGAGGAGAGACGCCGUGCGUGCCAGACCCCCCCGGGGAGCGGCAGAGGCACCGCAGCCCUGUGCCAGGCGGGUCCCGGGGGUCCCCUGGGGGCAUGGGGGGUUCCUCCAGGAGGAGUUUGGGGGAAUCAUCCCGAGGUGAACCAACCGGGAGCCGCAGAGACCCAGAAGGGCACCCUCACCCUCCUCUUGGCCUGGCCCCCCAGCCGCGGGAGAAGACCCCCCUCACGUGCCCUGAGUGCAACAAGAGCUUCAGGAGGCGGAGUACACUGACCGCCCACAAGAAGAUCCACACGGGUGAGCGCCCCUUCACCUGCACCAACUGCAGUAAGAGCUUCAGCCGGAAGAGCAACCUGACCAGACACGAACGCAUCCACACGGGUGAGCGCCCCUUUCACUGUGCUGACUGUGGAAAGAACUUCAACCAGAAGAAACUCCUGAUCAGACACCAGCGCAUACACACAGGUGAGCGCCCCUUUGCCUGCACCAACUGCAGCAAGAGCUUCAGAGUGAAGGUCAACCUGAUCAAGCACCAACGCAUCCACACAGACGAGCGCCCAUUCACCUGCCCCGAGUGCAGCAAGAGCUUCAGCCAGAAGGUCCACCUCAUCAGACACCAGAGCAUCCACACAGGUGAGCGCCCCUUUGUCUGCACCGAGUGCUGCAAGAGCUUCAGAGAGAAGGUCAGCCUGAUCACGCACCAACGCAUCCACACAGACGAGCGCCCAUUCACCUGCCUCGAGUGCAGCAAGAGCUUCAGCCAGAAGGUCCACCUCAUCAGACACCAGAGCAUCCACACAGGCGAGCGCCCCUUUGCCUGCACCAACUGCAGCAAGAGCUUCAGAGUGAAGAGCAACCUGAUCAAGCACCAACGCAUCCACACAGACGAGCGCCCGUUCACCUGCACCGAGUGCAGCAAGAGCUUCAGAGAGAAGUGUGUGCUCAUAGUCCACCAACGCAUCCACAGUGGUGAGAAGCCGCACAACUGUGAGGUGUGCAACAAGACUUUCAGGCAGAAGUGUGACCUGAAGAGACACCAGCGGAUCCACACGGGUGAGCGCCCCUUCACCUGCACCGACUGCAGUAAGAGCUUCAGCCGGAAGAGCCACCUGACUGCCCACCAUCACAUCCACACGGGUGAGCGCCCCUUUCACUGUGCUGACUGUGGCAAGAACUUCAACCAGAAGAAACUCCUGAUCAGACACCAGCGCAUACACACAGGUGAGCGCCCCUUUGCCUGCACCGAGUGCUGCAAGAGCUUCAGAGUGAAGGUCAACCUGAUCAAGCACCAACGCAUCCACACAGAUGAGCGCCCAUUCACCUGCCCCGAGUGCAGCAAGAGCUUCAGCCAGAAGGUCCACCUCAUCAGACACCAGAGCAUCCACACAGGUGAGCGCCCCUUUGCCUGCACCAACUGCAGCAAGAGCUUCAGAGUGAAGGUCAGCCUGAUCAAGCACCAACGCACCCACACAGACGAGCGCCCAUUCACCUGCCCCGAGUGCAGCAAGAGCUUCAGAGAGAAGGUCCACCUCAUCAGACACCAGAGCAUCCACACAGGUGAGCGCCCCUUUGCCUGCACCAACUGCAGCAAGAGCUUCAGAGUGAAGGUCAACCUGAUCACGCACCAACGCAUCCACUCAGAUGAGCGCCCGUUCACCUGCCCCGAGUGCAGCAAGAGCUUCAGAGAGAAGAGUGUGCUCAUAGCCCACCAACGCAUCCACAGUGGUGAGAAGCCGUACAACUGUGAGGUGUGCAACAAGACUUUCAGGCAGAAGUCUGACCUGAAGAGACACCAGCGGGUGCAUUGAUCCCUGCGGGUGGUGCCAGAGGGUGACAGGUGGGAAGGUGCAUGUCCUUCCCUGUCAGGGGAGUAGAUGGAGGCCAAGUUCUUCCCGGGAGGCGGCUGCAAGAAGUAGUUUCGGGCCAAGGGGACCAUGCUGGCUCACCAGCGCAUCCACAGCACCCUCUGUCUGCUGCCACCACCACUCCUGUGUCCCCCGAAACUGCUGCGGAGGGUCCUGCAGGGUACUCGGGGCUCUGCUGCAGGGGUGGCUGCGGGGGACACCGUGUGGGAAUAAAACUAAAUAUGGAGAAAAAAGGGAACCCUGAAGUUUUAUGAAUCCUCCCUCCCCUCACAGGCUGAGUACAAGGCAGUUUUCCUUAGAAAGCAAUCAGUGGAGGUGUAACAUGCAGAGGUGCAGCACAGUUUUCAUCGGAAAGGAAUGCAUCGAGGACAUCUUGCCCUGUGAUGUGGGUGCCGGGACCUUUGGGGACAGCCGUGUCCAGCCCCCGCUAUCAGCAAGGAGCCUGGUACCCAAGGACAACGGCCCGUUACGUUCCAAGAAGACAAAUUGCACCCCAAAGGUGUAAUUAUAAAAAGGAAAACAAAGGGGAAAGUUUUGUUGGGAAAAUGUCAUCGAAACUUUUGGGAUCAACCCAUGGGUUGGACCCCAUCUCCCCUCCCCCUGUUGGGAUGCCAUUGGGGUAAGCCCUUAGCUUUAGACACACUGAAUAUAGAUCUUAACGAGCUAAUUCUUAGCAUCUCUUUCUACUUGAGCCUUUAAUACACAUUCCUAACCUGCACAUCGCUCCGCUCAGCCCCAGUGGGUAAUGAAGCACCACCCCGCCGCCCGCCCACUGCCCCCACCCCCUUCCCGUGGGAUACAAAGACGGAGGGGGAGGGUCCGACCUGGUUUGACUGCAUUCCAUCUGACCUACAAGAUAAGCGAGUUUUUCAGGUCCUGAAACCCCACACCCUCACAUCCAUCCCCCCCUCCUCCCGUGCUGCUCGGAGCCACCGAGUGGGAGCAACUGGAGAGCCCGGGGUCACUGCCGGGGAGGGGACAGGCACGGGGAGAGGGUCGUGCAGCGCCCCAGCGCCCCCCCCCUCCCUGGCUGUCGGGGGCGCUCUGAAAUGUGCAUGCUAUGUAAAUUCUUUUUCCCAUUUUAACCCUUUCCUUCCUCGGGAAUUCAAUUCGGAUGGACAGCUUUACCCCAUGGUUGCUCUAUGCUACUGAUUCUCUAAGGGCACCUGCCCUGCCUGAUCCCACCUGGAGAUGCUCUCAUGGGCUGAGAGCAGAUCAGCCCCUUUGAGCUAAGUCAGAACACACUCCAGCUGUUCCCAGUCUGUGUCCCACAAGGGCUCUUAACCACACUCAAUCAUUGUUGCAACCAAGAGGACACAGGCAGGAGAAAAUGCAUUUUGCAACCAGCCAAGUCUUGGGGCAAACCCCAAAGUCCCUGGGACUGCAAAAGGGACGGGUUUGACUUGAACAGCUUCAUCUUGUGGGACAGAGGGUUUGGUGGGGGUCUAAGGCUCAAAUGAGCUGAGGGACCCCUGGGGUGGGACGGAGGCCUCACAGCCUGGGCUUGUUUGAGUUCAGAGCAGAAACAGCCCUGAAAGCCCGGGCUGAGCUCCCCAAGCUCAGGGUGUGAUGAACCCCGAGUCCCCGCUUCGGAGGACACGAGCGGCCGUGCCAAGGGCCACUCAACACUCACUGAGGGACUCAGUCCCACCUCGCCAAGAGGCACCCAGGAGUUUGCAAG